GGGCCUGAGCGGGAAGAGGCAGAGGUGGUGGGGGCAGUGACAGUGUCCUGGCCUCUGCCUGCCCCCACCCCCUGCCCAGGGCCUUCCACCACUCCAACAUCAUGAGUAGCGCCUACCACUGGGAGGCCCGGCGCCGGCAGAUGGCUUUGGACCGGAGGAAGUGGCUGAUGGCCCAGGAGCAGCAGCAGCAGCAAGAGCAGGAACUGAAGAAAGUCCAAGAGGAGGAAGACCAAUCUGGUAAAAACCUGCAGCUGGCUCAGCAAUCAAAGGAGCCUCAGCCAGCACCCAUGCAACAGAAGCAACCACCAGUGCAGCCACCACCAACACAGCCAUCAUCUCAGCCAAAGCAACAAAGUGCCCACGACCCUCUUGCUCAGGGCAUCUCCAAAUGCCAGCUCCAGAAGGAUUCUCGAAGGCCAGCCCCCCAGCUUGGCUCAGAGAAUACCCAGCAAGCUGGAGGGCAAUCCCACUGUAUGAACAACACCUUCCAUGGGCAGGUGAAAAGCUUUGCUGGCUCAGAUUUCAUGAAUCCAUGCCAGUCUAGCCCUACCCAAAACACCAAGUAUUCACGACUCACGUCAACAAACUACAUACAGCAGUGGUGAUCCUGAGAUCAACUCUAAGACCCUGCUAACCAUCACCAAAAGACAAAACAAAACAAAAAACCAGAUGAGCAGCACACCUUCUUACCGCACGUCUCCAUUCCAAAAACCAACCACUCUGGAAGAGGAGGCUAGCUGUGAAUAAAAUGUGAUUUCUUCCUGCAAAGAAUCAAGAGACCGGUCAG